AGGAGCAGACAUUCAGAUGAGGCAGUUCAGCAGAGCUAAGGGGAGUCUGUGCUGCUAAUAACCUGCAAUCUCAUCUGUGUGUGUCUGUCUGUGUGUCUGUCUGUCUGUGUGUCAGUAGUGUGUGUCUUUGUGUGUGUGUGUGUCUGUCAGUAGUGUGUGUGUGUUUGUGUGUAGGAGAGUUGGAAGAUCCCAUCUGGUGCUCAGGAUCAUUUCUCCGACUGCUUCUUACUAACGAUUUUUUGUUGUUGUUGAAAGAGCAAGAUGACUGCACUCAGUAUUAAGCUGUUAUUCACAGUCUCUAUCACAAGCUCACUCAUCCAGACUUCACUGUCAGAGAGGUUCCAGGUCAUCCCCACCAAGUCCCCAGUAACCGCCAUCCUUGGCUCCAGCGUUGAGCUCAACUGCCAUCUGUUUCCUGAAAUGAAUGCUGAAAAGAUGGAAAUCCGAUGGCUACGAAAUUCCUUCCGUCCCUACGUCCACUUGUAUCUGAAUGGGGAGGAUAACUACAGGGAGCAGAUGGAGGAAUUCCGAGGCAGGACAGAGUUCCUCAAGCAGAACAUCAAUAGGGGGAUCGGGGCUCUAACUAUUCACAAGGUGCAGUUGUCGGAUCAGGGAUUGUACACCUGCUAUUUUGAGUCAGAGAGCAAUCAUAACCAAGCACAAGUGGAACUCAAAGUAGCAGCCAUGGGCCUCCAUCCUUUCAUCUGGGUUGAAGAUUACCAGAAUGGAAAAAUAACGCUAAACUGUGAAUCCAGUGGUUGGUACCCUAAGCCCACAGCAAUGUGGCAAGAUGAAUCUGGGACCCGGUUGGAAUCAACGGAGAAGAUAAAUGUCACUGGAGAAACGGGUCUGUUCCACGUCACCUCUGCUAUCAGUAUAGAGACCCAGGACAAGAUCUCCUGCUAUGUUAGAAAUGACCUCCUGGAAGAUGGCAAAGAGUCUUCUAUUAAGUUUGCAGAGUCUUUCUACUGGAGAGUGGAUCGUAGUGGGAUCUCUCGUUUUGUUCUCAUGGCUUCUUGUUUGGCUGUGGCACUUAUAACGAUUGGGGUUACUCCUCAAGUAGUGCGCAUGUUGAGAAUAAGAACUCUCCAAAAUGAUAUGGGAAAACUUUCAGAUAAAGUGGACAAAGUUUGGAUCCGAGCACAGGAUGUUUGGAACCGACUGGAGAACAAACUGGACAGACUGAAUUGAGCCAACGGAGGAAAGAACAACGAGCACAAGAGACUUGAUUGGUUUAUGCAGAGCCCCCUGUUGGAAAAUAUUGAGGAAUGAUCAUUAAUGUCCCAUGGGUUGUUUCAGGGUUCCUGCACUCUAUACAUUAGACCAACAUGGCAGCUCCCAGCAACUUGCACCAGAAAUGACUUACUAUGAGAAGCACUGGGUUGUUAUAAAUGUUCUGAUUAACUGAAGCCUCGUUACUGAUCAGGUUCACGAGCAGCACCGCCUUGUUGGGGUUUCUAACCUGUGUAACAGAACCAGCCCCCCUACAUUCCUGAAUAAUCAGAACAAACCCCAGUUGAAAAACCACGGCUCAGCGUUCCAUACUAAUUGAAUGAAUGGGACAGAAAGAUAAAGGUGAAACAGAAGAGCAUUUGGGGGCUCUAGUGCACCAGGGCUGGGGGAAUCCUUUUUACAAAUACCUGGAGCCUUUAAUGAAUAGAAAACCCAGAGUUGGUUCUGUUGGGUCACUGCCCUAUUGUGGCCUAUUCACUGACAUCAUGAUUGAGUCUGUUUGUGCUUAUUUAGGGGAUGUCUGUCAUUUGUAUUAUAUUUGUCUGAUUUAAUGUAAAACUGUCACUUUCUGUUGUGUAUGAGCAGCUGACAAGCCUUAAACUGUCAUUAAACCACUGUCCAGACCCACAA